AUGAAUUUAGAAGACCCAGUAGCGAAUCAGUCGUUUACAACACAUACAAUUGAAGAUAUUGAUGCAAAUUCUUCUUUGGAACCAACGUUUGAAUUUGAGAAAAUAAAUGAUGACAAUGUGAAUCUUGCAUGUGACGAAGAUGAAGCUAAGGAUCUAAGCAUUAUGGGUAAGGUUUUCAAUACACCUAAGGAUGCAUAUACAUUUUAUAACCAAUAUGCUUUUCUACAUGGAUUCGGCACUAAGAAGUGUCGUAGAGAUUUGAGAACAGGAUGUCAAGCAAUGCUUCGGAUUUCAAAAGGAAAAGAUGGAGAAUGGUUUGUGGAUGUGUUUAAUGACAAGCAUAAUCAUGAGUUAAGUAUUACACCUACCAAAGUGAUGAAACAUCGUUCUCAUGGGAAGAUCCACCGUUCAAUGGCGUGCAAGUCUCUUAUGGUGGAACUUGGUCAAUCAGGGUUAAGGCCUUGUCAAAUCAAAAAGGCUAUCAAUGUAAUGAAAACUCCAUAUAAUGUCGAUGUUACCUCAAAGCAAUGCACCGAUGUUUUAUUCGAGCAACGAAAACAGUACAAAGUCGACUCUCGAAGGGUUGCCGAAGAAGAUGAAGACUUCAAGACGAUGAACUCCAGUCUGAUGCUUUCUUCUGUUCAUCCGAUAGAAGCAAAAGCAGGUCAGUUUUAUACAAGAAAAAUGUUUGAGGUUUUCAAAAAAGAAUGGAUAGAAGCUAAUUGUAAUUUAACCCAUGAGACUUUAAGUAAAACCCCAGAAGAAAUAAAAUAUAGGGUUGGGCAACUUAAUAUUGAGAAAAGACAUUGGAGAAUUGUUAGCUUUCAUUUUGUGGAUCAUGUGAAUGUCACGUGUUCAUAUGCUAAGUAUGAAACAUAUGGGAUAUUAUGCAAGCAUAGCCUCUACGUGAUGAAGAAAAGACAUGUUGAAACCCUUCCUAGUCCCUUUAUUUUACCAAGGUGGACACUUAGUGUAAGGUACAAGGUGGGUAAUAGCAGCAUUAGACUCGAUGAAAUGAAUAGUGAAAAUGGACUUAGUGCCUUAACUUUAUGGUGUGUUCGUUCAAAUUGUGACAAAGCAAUCGAACAAGCAAGUGACUCGCCUACAGAGAUAGAAAAAUUCAAUAGUUCUGUAAUAAAGUUUUUAGAAGAUCAAAGGAUUCGAAAAAAUUCUAAAGAAUUUGAGACUGUGUCUCUAGAUCCAUACAGGGGAAUUUCUCAAAUAGAUAUGAUACCUCAGUUAUCUGUUCGAGAUCCUGUUGCUCCGAAAAAUACGAAAGGGCGUCCAAAAAAUGCAACUCGAAUUAAGUCUUCUUUAGAGAACAUGAAGAAAAAGAGAACAUGCUCUUACUGCCAACGACUGGGUCAUUAUGCCACCGGUUGUCCAAAAAGAAAGGUGGAUGAAUCUGUAGCAGAAAAACAGUGAUCAUAUGUGUAAUCAGGUGGAUGGUUUCUUUUUCUUGUCUACAUGUGUUGUUGGUUGCUGCUGUGAUCAAUGUGUCCUUUGUGCAUCUUCUGUUUGGUUUCUGCUCGUUAGAGAUGCAUAACUUUACCUCAUAAACAAUUAUUUGUUUUUUUUAUAGAAAAAGCUUACAUAAUUGUUUGGUUAAUUUAUGCAACUUAAGAUAUAUAUUAACAAGUUGAAAGCUUUUAGAAACAUGAAUUUUUAAUGAGUGAAUGCACCUGAGAUUUCGUUUAACGGUUC